GCGAUCAGACAAGGAAGAUAUCGGUGGAGAAUACGACAUCACGGCUCGUUUGGGAGAGAUGAACGACGACAACCUUGACGUCGGUGGGAAGCUGAUGAUGGCGGAGAGGACGGUAGUGGCAGUGACUGUUACCGCAAUCCUCUUUCGUUGUCAGAUGGAGAGGACGGCGAAAAGAGUGAAAACACAGAUCCGUGCAAGGAGGAGGAAGGUCACGCAGUGCGCAGUAGUGGAAGGCCCUAGGUUUGACACGGCCGCCAUCUGCGAUGUCGUCGUUCACGUGUGCUGCGCCUUGGGUUGCGGAGAUCUUCCAAGAGCAACACCGAGAUGGUGGAUGAAAAGGAGGACGAGUGGGGCGUGGGAGGAUCUGCGGCAAUGGGAUGACGUGAUGGAGGACAACUUUCGAGACAAGCUGACCAUGUCACCAGGUGUCUUCCGGGAGAUUGCGGAAGGUCUCUCGUCGUUGCUGCAGCGCCGUCACCACCGUGUGAUAUUCUACAGGGAGCCGCUGCAGCCAUAUCAGAUCGUCGCAUACACGUUGUACAGGCAGGCGUCGGGGGAGACAUACGAGAGCAGCACGCGUAACUUUGGCAUCAACAGAGCGUCGAGUUUGGUGGCGAUGAGGGACGUCAUUGUCGCGUUGCUGACUGUCUACUGUGACAAGAUAUCGUGGCCGGCGGGGGUGCGCAAGUCGGUCGUCCUCCGUGCUUUCGCGAGCAAGGGGUUCCCUAACUGUCAUGGUUGCAUCGAUUGCACACAUGUGACAUAUCUACAUCGACAAGCCGGCAAACGCCCCUGGCGAGGACUACUACGAUCGGAAAUGACGAUUCUCGAUCAUCAUGCAAGUCAUCGUUGAUCUAGACUUGUGUGUGGUGGACCUCUUCGUCGGCUAUCCUAUGAGCUGCCAAGACGUCCGUAUCAUUCACAU